ACCCGCACCUUCCACUUCACCAGCAGCAGCAUGUUCCAGACCUCGUAUCUCUCAGCCUCAGUGAAGCGCCCUGCGACCCCGCUUCAGAUCGCGACCAAGCUUGCCUUACAGAAGCUGCCACGAGGACCCGACUCUUGCGCCUGAGGCCAAUAGCGCACUCGCCACCACACCCGCCUUACAUGGAACUGCCAUCUAGCUUAUCUAUAGACAUAUCACCGCCACGUGCGCUCAUAAGAAGGAAAACCUUGGGCGGGUCUUCUCCAGCAUCGCGUGCAAAUUUUCGCUGCGAUGCCGAAAAAGACCCAACAUUAGCAGCCGUGGAGGCCGGGAGGGCAAAGAUUGAAGAUCACCUAGCGUACUUCAAGCACUACCUAGCAAAGGGUUCAAUGGUCACAUCUCCAGAAGUUCCUCGACUUCCAAUUCACGAGCUCGCUAUUCUCUAUGAGGACAAUUUACAUCAACACGGUCAUCAUUUUGUCAUACACCAGCACAAUCAUCCCAAGGCAGGCGUACAUUAUGAUCUCCGUCUGCAAUUCUCCGCAACAAGCUCUGUGUCUUGGGCAUUUCCCAAAGGCAUUCCCGGGAGUCAAAACUCUAGACAGUUAGGACGCAUGGCCAUCGAGACACGCGUACACAACCUCUGGAAUAAUCUCAUAGAAUCUGCAUCAAUGAAGACCGGAUCCUUACUCAUCUGGGAGACCGGUACAUACACCGCGCUUCCGCGGAAGAACGAUGAAAACGAGAUGCCGAGCCCGCAGACUACCGAUGAUGAGUCUGAUCGGAGUGAUGGAGAUAGUUUCAGGAUGCGAGACGGGAAACACGAGAACGAGACGCUCAUCAACGCCUUCAAGUCGCGCCACACCCAGCUCCAUCUGCAUGGUAUCCGGCUCCCCAAAGACUACACUAUCACUCUCCGCCUCACCCCAAACAACGAUAUUUCCAAAAGGCCAGCUGCACGACGCAGAAGGAGCAGACCGCUAGCAAGAAGUCGUCGACCCAGCCAUACCUCCGACUCAGACAGCGCACCCAGCGCACCCACAGCGUUGCGUCGGCCCUCUAUGGUCAUCAUCGCAGACCAACACGAAGCCAGAGAUAACAUAGACACGGACACUGACGAAGAUGCCCAAACACGCACCCACAACGUCUACCCCGGCUCCACAAACAGCAUAGGCUCUAUCCACUAGCGGCGGUGGUUCGUGCUUCUCGACCGGCAAAGCAGCGGUUUCCAGUUCAUGAGCGGGACAUGGAUACGCCGCGCGUUGUCGAACGGUGAACUAGGUGGCUUUGAGCCCUCUGUCGUUCGGGGUAGGGAGCAUGAGAGGAGUGUAGUAACAGGUCGGUUGGCGCGC